AUGCCGACAAGAACAGAAUACAACGCUCACUUGUCCUCAUGCCAGAUGUCUUUUACACCCGACUUGCUUCCUCUCUUCGACCCAUCCACAGCCGAUAGCCUGGGCUUGUCGGAUGGCGACACAGCGUGGAUGUUCGAGCCGGAUGCCGACCCGGCACACGAGCAAAUGCAGUUCACCGACCUGGGCUCCACUGACAUUCAAAUCCCCGAUGUCCCCGACCUAGAACUUCUACCAUCGGGAGACAUUCACAUGCACGCAGACACCGACGCAGAUCUCGGAGCCAGACGAGAUUCACCGGGAGGUUACCAGACGUCGAAUGGCUCCUCUUUGUCUGUGCCCGCAUCUCGAUCUACGUCCGCUUCGUCACCGUCGUCGUCCUCGGUGGCUUAUCCUGGCUUCCCUCUCCCAUUUCAGGCAAUGACACACACGGGACAACGCCAAGGUAACCUUUGCACGUCUCAGAGAUGCCUCAGUGCAGCUCUUCGCAUCCUAACGGCCCUGCACAUUGCCCACUCGGCAUGCCUGAGUGCGCAUAGAGAGGACCCCACAAUCCCGCAGACCCGGAAGAUGGAAACGGUGCUGUCCAUGAACAAGGAUGUCAUCGCCGCAAUGGGUCCAAUUUUGGCUUGCUCCUGCUCGGCCAAGUCGCUGGUGCAGCUGCCGCUGCUUAGCAUCUGCGGUAAUCUCAUUGCCUGGAACAGGGCAAUGAUCAGCGCCAGUAUCAACCAAGGCGACGAUCCAUUUUUGCCGACAACCGCCUUGUGUGCUGGCCCCACCAAGGCGCCCGAGGCCCGGGUCUUGCCUCAACCCAUCACUAUCGGCCAGCACCAGAUCAGCGGUAAACUCGGCCGAGCUCUCCAUAACCAGGUCAUGGCUGGCGAAUUGCGUAUUCUCGAAGGCCUGGUCGACGCUCUGUCCCGCCGCUUUGGCGAGACAUCAGGGUCAGACGGCGCCUCCGGCACCUCUCCUACCGCUGCACAUGCGAGGAAUGUCAACGGUCGCGAGACUACUGCCCAGGAUACCCAUUUGUUGCAGUCGAGAGGUCUCCCCCCCAACGUGCACCGUCAUAUCAUCUCGUCACUACGUACACGACUGGAGCAUACACGGGGUAUGAUCUUUUCUCAUGGCUAG